CCAACAAUCUAGUGUCACUCUAUUUACAAAGUACCGCACACCGCCCCUUUCCUUCUCGCUGGCGCUUCCUUCCGAGAAAUUCUAAUCGGACCUAAAAAAACCGAUCCAAAAAAUAAGAAAUCCCUAUCGAUGCACGUUAUUAUUAAUUUAUUUUCACUAUCUUGUUAAAACCUCGAUUUCUCUAUAAAAUCACAAAAACCCUAGCUAGCUAGCACAGCUUCGAUCCCUCCACCAUGGGAGACGACAACGAUGCCUUCAUGCGCAACCAAAACGCCGCUGUACGCGGCACCACGAAAGGACAGAACCGCGCCAACGUUCUCCAGCUCAAACUGAUUGGCCAAAGUCAUCCGACGGGAUUAACAACAAAUCUCUUGAAGCUUUUUGAGCCCCGACUUCCUCUGGAAUUUAAACCCCCGCCGGAGAAGAGAAAAUGCCCACCUUAUUCAGGUAUGGCUCAGUUUGUGAGUAACUUUGCUGAGCCUGGUGAUCUGGAGUAUGCUCCGCCUAUCAAAGAGGCUGAAACUCGUUCACAAAGAAAGGCUAGAAUUCACAUGGCACGACUAGAGAAGGGUGCAGAGAAAGCUGCAGAGGAGCUCCAAAAAUAUGAUCCUAAUAAUGAUCCAAAAGUAUCAGGAGAUCCCUACAAGACACUAUUCGUUGCUAGGCUUAGUUAUGAGACCACCGAGAGUAAAAUUAAAAGGGAGCUUGAGUCUUAUGGACCAAUAAAACAGGUAUUGUUUGAGUAUCAAAGUUUUCAUCUAAGAGAGCUCUGUCCAAAGAUCUUGCUUCUUCCUGCCAGCAAAUCUGGAUUUAAGUUGAGCAGAGCAGUGAUGCAUUGUGCCUUCUGGCCUUUAUUUUCAAGCAACAAAAGGAGACUGCAUCUGUUCUUUUUCCUGCACUGGGUUUGCAUGGUAGCUGAUAAAGUGUCAAAUAAACCUAGGGGCUAUGCUUUCAUUGAAUACAUGCAUACACGAGACAUGAAAGCUGCGUAUAAGCAAGCUGAUGGGCGGAAGCUUGAUGGCAGAAGGGUACUAGUGGAUGUUGAACGGGGUAGGACUGUACCAAAUUGGCGUCCUCGCAGACUAGGUGGUGGACUUGGAACUACCAGAGUUGGGGGUGAAGAAGUUAAUCAGAGGCAUCCUGGGAGAGAGGUUCAGCAAUCAGGAGGAUUGUCUCGGUCCGAGGAGCCAAGGACACGAGAAGAUCGGUACACUGAACGGGAGAGGGAGGUGUCUCGUGACAGGGGAAGGGACAGGGACAAAGAAAGAGAAAGGGAGAAGUCACAUGAGCGCUCCCAUGACAGGCCAAGGGAUCGUGACCACAGAGAAGAUAGGCAUAACAGAGAUCGUGAAAGAGAGAGAGACCGAGGCCGUGACCGUGAUAGAACACGUGAUCGAGGUCGGGACCGUGGCCGUGACUAUGAGCGUGAUCGAGAGAGAGACCAUGGUCGUGAUCGUGCUCGGGACAAGGAGAGGGACUAUGAAGUCGGUGACCAUUACCAUGGGCGUUCUCAUGAUCGGGAUGAAUCGAAACAUGAGAGGGAUCGACAUGGUGAAAGGGACAAUGAUCAUGCUGAGCCAGAGGAUGAUAUGGGCUGGUAUGAACAACCUGAGCAGGGUCAAAAGCUGCCAGAUGCUGAAGAUGACCAGCAUUAUGAUCACUACGAGCAUCGCAGAAGCAGGGGACGGUAUGAUCACAUGGAUGUUCAAGGUGAUCAUGCCCGCAGUGAUCUAUAUCAUGGCACGAAUCGCGAUGGCGAUCAUAUGGAGGAGGAUGAUUACCACUAUGAUCGUGGAACAUCUGAGUCACGUGAAAAUCGAAGGUUAGAGAGGUCACCUUCCCAGGAUUAGGACAACUGAGAAUCUGGUCUUGCUCAAGGUCUGUUGUGCAUUUGACCUCUCCCAGGAUUAGGACAACUGAGAAUGUGGUCUUGCUCAAGGUCUGUUGUGCAUUACAGGGGAGGUGCCAUCGAGGUCUCUAGAAACCUUCACAUCUUUCACACACUGAAGCAGCUUGUUCGCUCCAUUAGUUGGUUUAAGUUGUAUGAAUGUGUUUGUUCAAAAGUUCUGAAUAGUUUCUAGCCUCUGCUUUAUAGUAUCGCUGAUGGAUUAUAAUUUUUAUGUGCUAGUUUCUGGACAGAAUAAACUUUUUUGUUUGCGUAGUUUUGUGCCUAUAUCUGAAACGAAUCAAGAAUACUGCUGGUUUUUUUCA